GAGCCGAAAACUAGUACCGAGCGAAUAGUCUGCUGUGGACGGUUUUAGCUCACAGCUCGACCUCUGUUUUGUUUCGUUUAGGGAUGAUAAUAAUGUUGAUAUUGCAGCUCAAUUUUCUGCGUAUGAACGAAUUAAAUAAAGAAGGGAAAUAGGGACUUUUUAAACUGUUAUGUGUAAAAAAGGAAGAGUUCGUCUGUUCACCGCUGGAAACUGAGCAGUUAUUUAAUUUAUUUUCAAUAUUUGUGAUAAAAAACUACAUCUAAACCGAAAUACAAGUAAAAUGAUCUUGUAAAAGCGAAUAGGUGAGGGCUUUGGAGAUGUUUUUGCGUGUUUUUCAAACAGUUUGAGGUCUCAGGAUAAUGGGAAAGUCCCCAGAUUCAUGACGUAACGAGCGGGUGAACUCUGUAAACUGCGCCUUAAUCUCGUCUGCUGUGAUGAGGUCCGGGCAUUAGGAGUUGGAGAAGUAGCGGAUUUAAAAACUUUGUCUGCUAGAGUGUUCGUCAAUAAAUCGCUACAUGAAGAGUUCAUAAUUUUCAGAGGCGAAAAUAUGGCUUUUUAGAGGGUGACCGACUUCUCUUCGACAUUCGGCUCGGCGUGCUUUGCUUCUCGCAACGCACUUGAAAGACUACACAGAAACUAUGGGUGCAGGUCUACAGGUGUUUCCGCAACUCUCGCGUCCAACCAGUGCACGGUUUGUGCUUUUGAACAAUUCCAUCGGAGCAGACGACACAAUGGCGGCAUCGAUCCUUCGCAGGAAAAUUCCUCCCAUCACCACAGGCGAGCUCAACGCUCCCCCUCUCCGACAGGCUAGCCGCAACCAAUCGGGGGCCGGCGCGGGGGCGGAGCCAGAGGAGAGGCAGCACUUAAUUGGUGAUGGUCACUCAGAUUGGAUGACGGAAAAAGUUGAUUUGUCUUCAUUUGUGUCAACGACUGAAUCUUCCCCGAGCUCGUCUCUUCCCCCCUCGCCGUUAGAACAGGAUGUCAAGGUGCCGUCAGAUCUGGAGGUUAUGACCUCCCUACUGCAGGAGGAGCUGGCUCAGCUGGAGGACUACUUCCGCUCCGAGUCCACGUCCACCGCCAACAAGUUGGACAAAUCUUCAAAAUGUGACAAAGGCGCCCAAGCCAUGGGCUCCCAGUCCUACUACCAGUUACCCUACGGCUCGUACGGGACCGGCCAAUCAGAAACCAGCCCUGUGGUUGUUACCCUGGCAACAGGGGAACUGGACCUGACCAGCUUUUGUGGCGGUCCCAUCAGCAGAACCAAAAUCGCGCGGCCCGCCCCCUACAGCUACCACCACCGCUACCACCACAACAACGGGCGCCGGCUCCUCAGCGAGGCGGUCAAAGUCGGCGAAGAAGUGGGACUCGAAACGUGGGGCUCCAGAGGAUGUUACUCAGGGAGCACAGAGGUGUCUGUGAACCACUACUCCACUCUGAAGACAGUGAGUAAGAACAGCCUGGGCGGCGUGAGGAAGGUGAGAGAAUGUGCUUUGUCGUUGAAGGAGGAGGAGAGCUACUGCUUCUCCGACGGAAUGUUUUGCAGCGAGGAGAUCGCGCGCGGCUUUUGCCUGGGUGGCUCGUACGACGGCCCCCACAAGCGAGAGGGACAGUUGAUGCACAACGUGAAGGUCAACGUAAGUUACGACAGUGCGGGGCUGGAGGUCCUGCACUGCAACAAAGAUGGAGGACUUUCAGGAAGUGUUCCCCAAGAGACAAUGAUGGCCGGCGACGGCUACUUCCACCAGUCCAUGGCCAGCGCUGAGCCUUACCAUAGCUUUAUAGGAGACCUAGACCCGCCCACACAAGCACAAGCUGUGGAGCCCCAACACGGCCACUACCUCUAUCCGGAAUGCCUUGCAGACCAAAGCUACGAAUGUCUGUCCAGAGGGGAGGGCGAGGGGCCGCUGCUGGGCGCCCCCAUCCACCGCCCCACCCAGAGGCUAAAGGACGAGCCCUGCUCCGUCAAGCCCGCCCUGGUGAUGAGCGCAGUGUCUCUGGACUCCAGCAACGGAGAGCGGAAGCAGAAGAAGAGAGACCAGAACAAAACUGCUGCUCACAGGUACAGGCUGCGGAAGAGGGCGGAGCUGGAUUCUCUGGAGGAGGAGCUACACGGCCUGGAGGGACAGAACAGGGAGCUCCGCGACAAGGCGGAGUCAGUGGAGCGAGAAAUCCAGUACGUCAAAGAUUUACUCAUCGAGGUCUACAAGGCUCGCAGUCAGCGGCUCAAGCAGGAUGGCAGUGCCUAAAACGCCCCCCUACCCCCCCACCACCCCCCAA